AUGCUUCCAUUGAACAUUUUGUUGGCUACUUUGGUGCUGGUCACUUCAGUGGCCUCGAGAACCAUCACGGGAAAUACGGAGUACCUGCAAAGUUGGGAUUUCUCCUUAGGUCCUCUUACAAUUAACGAAGGCGUAUACCUCAAAAUUGACAACAAUACCCAAUUCACACUUGGUGGUAACCUCGACAACAAGGGUGGCUUCUACAUCACCUCGAGCAGCACUCUCCAGUCUGCAGUUGAUAUCACCUCGGGAACUAUCCACAACUCUGGAGACCUUGCCUUCAGAGCUUUGGACUCCAACUUCCUUUCCAGAUACAUUCUCAACAGUGUUGCCGAGUUUGAAAACACUGGUAACAUGUGGUUCCAGAUCUCUCAAGCGACCACUUCGUCUCCAUUUAGUGUGACCUCUCUUACUAGUUGGAGGAACACUGGUUUGAUGUACUUCAGUCAGUCAAACGGGGCUCCUUCUCCAGUGACAAUUAAUCAGGCCCUCGGUGACGGUUUCAAUGUUAUCAGAAAUGAAGGUAACAUUUGUCUUGAGGGUACCAGGUGGGUUCAGUCGGCUAGUGUCGAGGGUGCGGGCUGCUUCAGUGCUCUUGCUCGUGGUGAAAUCCAAUUGCAGACUGCAGUGCUCAAUUCCGUCCAGACUUUUGAUGAAGAGCAGGCCAUCUGGCUAGAGGAUACUACUUCUCGUUUGUCUGUUGUUGGUUUGUCUGCCACUCUUACUCAUGUUCCUGUCAUUGACGUAUACGGCUUUGGUAACAACAACAGAAUUUCCGUUAAUUUGGCUUUUAGCAGCCAUAAAUAUGACGAGGACGAAGGAUUAUUGACUUUGGAGUUGGGACCUGGUUUCAGUGUGUCUUUCAAGAUUGGCAAGGGCUACGAUAGCAGCAACUUCAAUACCAACUCUAACCUUGGUCUCUCCACGGAAAUUUGGACUAGUGACCCACCACCAGAGGGCAAACCCGACAAGUGUGUCUGUGAAAAGAUGCCUGACUUCCCUGGUGAAGGCCCUGAAGCCUCCAGCUCGGCCCUGACUUCUGACCUGCCCUCAACUUCUGGUGAAGAAUCGAGCACUUCAUCUGAUGAUAAUGCCAGCACUACUCCAACCGACAGCCAGUCUACCACCGAUGGAUCAUCUGAUAAUGGCUCAACUACUGGUCCAACCGAUGGAGGUGACUCCACCACUGGUCCAACUGAUGGCAGUGACUCUACCACUGGUCCAACCGAUGAUGCUACAACUACUGGACCUACUGAUGGCGGUGACUCUACCACUGGACCAACUGAUGGCAGCGACUCUACCACCGGACCAACUGAUGGUGGCGACUCUACCACUGGUCCAACUGAUGGUGGUGACUCUACUUCUGGCUCAACUGACAAUGGUUUAAGCUCGACCGCAACUGAUGAUGGCUCCGGAUCCACCGCAACUGAUGGCGAGACAUCCUCUACCACAUCUGACGACUCACUGACAACGACUCCAGGCGGAGACAACGGUUCUGGCGACAACGGUUCUGGAGACAACGGAUCUGGCGACAACGGAUCUGGCGACAAUGGUGGAUCUGGCGACAAUGGUGGAUCUGGCGACAAUGGUGGAUCUGGCGACAAUGGUGGAUCUGGCGACAAUGGUGGAUCUGGCGACAAUGGUGGAUCUGGCGACAAUGGUGGAUCUGGCGACAAUGGUUCCGGUGACAACGGUGGAUCUGGCGACAACGGUUCUGGAAACAACGGUGGAUCUGGAAACAACGGUUCUGGAAACAACGGUGGAUCUGGCGACAACGGUUCUGGAAACAACGGUUCUGGCGACAACGGUUCUGGCGACAACGGUUCUGGAAACAACGGUUCUGGAGACAACGGCUCUGGUAACGGUGGAUCUGGAAACAGCGGCUCUGGUAACGGUGGAUCUGGAAACAGCGGCUCUGGUAACGGUGGAUCUGGAAACAACGGCUCUGGUAACGGUGGAUCUGGCGACAACGGUUCUGGAGACAACGGUUCUGGAAACAACGAUGGUUCUGGCGACAACGGUUCUGGAAACGGUGGAUCUGGAGACAACGGCUCUGGAAACAACGGUGGUUCUGAAGAUAACGGCUCCGGGAACGGAUCUGACGGUGCCUCAGGCAACGGAGCCGAUUCUGGCCAUGGCUCAGGUAACGGCUCAGGAAACGGUUCAGGAAGUGACUCAGACAACGGUCCUGGAAGCGGAUCUGGUUCUGGCUCCGGAGAUGGAUCUGGCGGCUCUGGUAACGGUGCCGGUGAUACCGGAAGUGGAUCUGAUAGUGGAUCUGGCAGCGGAUCUGACAGUGGAGCUAGCAGCAGUCCUGGAGCUAUUGCUGGCGUUUCUACCUACGACGGCCUGGGCACAAAGAACUUUGCUGGCCUUCCAAUGAUCAUGGUAGUUGUUGCAGGUAUUCUUGCCUUGUAA